AUGGUCGACACUCGUUUCUUAGCCGGCGGGAGCCGUGCUUCUAUUUUCACAACUAUCCUUGCUUUCACUGCCUCACUUACGGCUGCCUUCCCUACGCAGCACGGGUUCGAUGGCGCAGAGCUCGCGAAGAGACAGAACUCUUCAGCGGCACUCGGCGACUGUCUCUCCACCGCGGGCAUCGAAACUUCCCUGCCUACCAGUGCGAACUGGACCAUCGACACUCAGGCAUGGAACUCUCGCCUGUCCCCAGUCCCCUCUGCAGUCGUUUUUCCCAAGACUGAGGAGGAAGUCUCCGCUGCGCUGAAAUGUGCGACGACCACCGGCACCAAGGUAACCACCCUUGGUGGUAACCGCUCGUUCUCCAGCAUGGGCUUUGGACGCAAUGAUGGCGCUCUCAUCAUCAACCUGGAGAACCUGAAGGUGCUCGAGUACGAUGAGACAACCGAGCUCUUUACCUACGGUGGCCCUGUCAGGAUCUCGGAAGCAGCCGGAUUUAUGUGGGAGAACUACCAACGUGCUCUGCCUCACGGUCGAUGCCCUGAUGUCGGCAUGACCGGUGUUGCUGCCUCUGGUUUUGGCACGCUGUCUCGAGCCUCCGGAACUGUGCUGGACAAUGUCGUUGGCGUGCGUGUUGCCCUUGCCAACGGUACAAUCAUUGAUGCAGACGCCAACGAGAACUCUGAUGUGUACUGGGCCGUCCGUGGAGCUGCAAGCUCCAUCGGAGUGGUGCUGAAAUUCAAGCUGCAGACUCUUGAGCCUCCUUCGCUUGUGGUCACCAACUACACCAUCGCCUUCCAGUCCAACUACACACCUACACAACAGGACAACGUUGACGCUCUGAUCGGCACCCAGACCUGGGCCCAGAGUGCCGACAACAACGAUCUUCUCUCUAUCCGCUUCGGCAUCAAGACAAGCUCCCAGCUCCAGGGCUUCUUCUAUGGCACGACCGAGGAAUUCAAUACCGUCUCCAAGUCGCUGCUGAGCUACUUGCCCUCGACCAUGGCAAUCAAGUCCAACGAGUUCAACUUCUGGGACUCUGAGGAUAUCACCACACCGGGAAUCAAAGCCCAGUCUAUCACUGGCCGCCGAUACUUCUACAUCUCUUCCGUGACCAUCCCCGGCUCCACUCCCCUGGACAACUCCACCGCAUGGGACCUCUUCUCCGCCACCGCGUACGAGGCCAAGCUCGCCGACGCCACGGCCUCUGGCUUCGUCGACAUCUGGGGCGGCGACUACACCAAGGCAAUCAAGCCCGACGCCUCGGCCUGGAAGCACGACGACAACCUGCUGCUGAUCCGGUGGGACAUCCGCACGUCCAGCUUCGACGUGCCCUUCGCCGCCUCUACCCUCGACACCGUGCACAACAACUUCUACAAGUUCGUGGACGCGUACAAGGCCGCUGGUGGCAAGCCCGGUGGCUUCACCACCUACCGCGACGAGAAGUGGGACAUUGACCAGACCGCCGAGUACCUGUACGGCGACAACUGGGCGCGCCUGCAGCAGAUCAAGACCGCAGUCGACCCCGACGAGCUGUUCAACACUGACCCUCAGGCUAUCCCUGCCCUUACUGCUUAG